GGGUGUACUAGCUCCCACACGCUGCCUGUGGCCGGCACUGAGAGACCAUGACUACCCCCAGGGACCGGGCUGUGCUCCACACUAUCCUCGACCCCAACAACCCCUUCGGACACGAUCCCUGGUCCGAAACAGAGCACGAACUGGUCGAUGACGACAGCAGGUUUGACCCGGUGCUCGUGGAUCAGGCGAAGGAUCUGGAGCUCCGUGGAGUGGAACUGGCAGAGUCCGGCCAUCUCGCCUCUGCUCUGGGACUGUUUGACCAGGCUGUCUCCAUCAUCCCCCACCGCCCAUCCGCUUACAACAAUCGUGCACAAGCUCUGCGGUUGAAGGGAGACACAGCAGGAGCUCUGAGUGACCUGGACAAGGCAGUGGAGCUGAGUGGAGGCAGAGGGUGGACAGCCAGCCAGGCCCUGGUCCAGCGCGGUCUACUCCAUCGGCUCUCUGGACACGACCCCGAGGCUCUACGGGAUUUCCAGCAGGCGGCGGGUCUGGGUAACGCCUUCGCCAGGAAGCAAGUGACCCUCAUGAACCCGUACGCAGCGCUGUGCAACCGCAUGCUGUCCGAGAUGAUGGCCAACCUCCAGAACCCCCCACCGUCCGUGUGAAGGGCCGUGUAACACUGGGGCAAGAAUCAAUGAGAUACCAUCACUCCCCAUCAGUUAACCUGCUCUGACAUAAUUUGCUGUUCUUUGGCUCAUGAUAUCAUGCGUUGCGAUACUUCCUCCCUCCACAGCUGCUGAUAAAUUCACACUUGUUGUUCCUUGAUCAGAAUUAGCUCCAACAGAAUUAUCUCCCCAUUGUUGCCUGUGUAGGUGGAGGUUAUAAUAUUCACCCUGCUCACUAACUGGAAAACAACACUCUAUCGCUGGUUAACAAAACCUGUUAGGAUCCUAACUUAUCACUGGCUACCAGAUCCUAUGACCAUUGGUUACCAGAGCCUGUGUGAUGGAAGCUAGUUCUACUGUUGUCAAUUCAUGUUGGUUAUCCAAGCCUUCUCUUCGUUAUUAAUAGACUGUGCACAAGACAAGCAUCUGUUGCUACUAGUUACCAUGUUGUUUAGGAUGAGUCUAAUCCUGUACACUCGCAUCACACAGGGAGUUUGCAGUUGCCCUACUGAUAAACAAUGUUAGAAUGAGGUCCAUCCCUCUACGCGAUUCACACAGACAGUGUUACAUCACCACGGAUGCUGACUGACCCGCUGAGUUACUCCAGCACUCUGUGAAACGUCACCUAUCCAUGUUCUCCACAGAUGCUGCCUGACCCGCUGAGUUACUCCAGCACUCUGUGUAACGUCACCUAUCCAUGUUCUCCACAGAUGCUGCCUGACCCACUCAGUUAUGGUGCAGC